AUGGCGUCCACCACGGCAUCGCCGUCGGACGACGUACGAAACCGCCAACAGCAAAGCCCAUUGGCUUCGUCAAGGCCUGAAGCACGGCCUCCCGCUCCUCUCUCGCGGCUUUUCCCCCUGGGCUAUAAAGAGGGGUUCAGUCAGUGGUGGGCAAGCAUUCCCGCCGCCGCUGCGGAACAUAAAGUCCUGUCGUUCAUCCCGUACCUCCAACGGCCACCGACGCAUACCCAAACCGGCAAAGAACCUGCUACUCCCACUGAGCAACCAGACCCGUUGACCGCCGCAGAUCAUAGUCAACCUGGCCAGGUGUCAGAGAACUCGGUCAAUGACCCUCACGGGCCGCGAAAAUGGAGAUCUACUAUGGUAGAAUUGAGUGGCAAAAACCGUGAGCUGAACGAGUUCUCGGUUGAACGAGUUGGAGAAAAGGUAGAAAACAACCUCGUCGUUCUUCACGGCUAUGGGGCAGGGCUGGGGUUCUUCUACAAGAAUUACGAAGCUUUAAGUCGAGCUAAAGGCUGGCAGCUGUAUGCUUUGGACUUGUUAGGCAUGGGCCGCAGCACUAGGCCACCUUUCAAGAUAGCUGCAAAAAAGCGAGAAGAGGCCAUCACAGAAGCAGAGGACUGGUUCGUGGAUGCGUUAGAAGAAUGGCGUGUCAAGCGAAAAAUAGACCGAUUUACUCUGCUUGGCCACAGCCUCGGAGGCUAUCUGGCUGUUGCAUAUGCCCUCAAAUACCCUGGGCGUCUCAACAAACUGAUUCUUGCAUCACCCGUGGGAAUCCCGGAAGACCCGUACGCGGUGAAUGCUGACGUACCCGAUCCAUCAACCUCGACAAUGGCAAAUGAAUUUACCCAGGAUCAGUCUGGGGGUGUCCAAGUUGGUGAUAACAAUAACUUUUUGAAUGCUAGAGACAAGGCCGCCGCCGCUAGUGCGAAUAAUAACGGCAAACCCCCUGCGCGGACUAUCCCGAAGUGGCUCGUGUACCUUUGGGAUGCUAAUGUUUCCCCGUUCAGCCUCGUCCGAUGGUCUGGUCCAUUGGGACCCCGGCUUGUUUCCGGCUGGACAUCUCGACGAUUCUCGCACCUACCUCAAGAUGAAGCUAGCGCCCUUCACGACUACGCAUACUCACUUUUUAGGCUCCGUGGCAGUGGCGAGUAUGCAUUGUCAUAUAUCCUUGCCCCAGGCGCGUACGCUCGUAGCCCAAUGAUCCAACGGAUUCACGGUGUUGGCCGACAGGUCAUCCCGCCACAAUAUAAUGCUGGGCUAUUCAAGUCAAACACGCAAAGCAAUUGUACCCUCUCAUCUGGCGACCCGCCGCCACCUUCGUCUGCUCCAUCACCGUCGGAUUCGUCAAGUUCUUUUGUUUCUGUUCCACAACCUCCGCGUCGUGAAAAUGGUAUCCCGGUCGUGUUAAUGUACGGCGAGCAUGAUUGGAUGGACGUUAAAGGCGGCUAUGUGGCCAAAGAGAGGAUCGAACAAGAGAAGCGACGGAUCUUGAAGGACGCGUCUAUCGAAGAGCAGGAAGCAGACAAAGGAUCCGCAAAAGUCGUUAUCAUCAAAAAAGCCGGCCAUCAUUUGUACUUGGACGGGUGGGAGGAGUUUAAUGAUGUUAUGCUAGAGGAAAUGAGGGAUGUGAGUGAAAACCACUCGAGUCCCCAGUUUCCUGCAUCGUGA